GCACCAUACCACACCCCCCGCCGCCACCCAACAUGGACGACCUCAAGCAGAUCCUGGCGCGCCCGAUCCAGCUCUCCGACCAAGUAAUCAAGACCGCCGACGAGGCCUACACCUUCCGACAAGAGUGCACGGACCUCAAAUCCAAGGUCGAGCGCCUCGCCGCCCUCCUCCGCCAAGCGGCCCGCGCGGACCUCUACGAGCGCCCAGCCCGCCGCAUCUUCGACGACACGGAAAAAGCCCUCGACAAGGCCCUCGCCCUCGUCGACAAGUGCCGCGCGCACGGCCUAGUCCGCCGCGUCUUCACCAUCAUCCCGGCGGGGUCCUUCAAAAAGAUGUCCAACCAGCUCGACAACUCCACGGGGGACCUCUCCUGGCUGCUUCGCGUGUCCGCCUCCACCUCCUCCAACCCCGACGACUUCGACGACGCGCACAUCGGGCUGCCCCCCAUCGCGCAGAACGAGCCCAUCCUCUUCCUCAUCUGGGAGCAGAUCGCCGUCCUCUACACCGGCGACCUCGACGCGCGCGCCGACGCCGCCGCCAGCCUCGUGUCGCUCGCCCGCGACUCGGACCGCUACUCCAAGCUCAUCAUCGAGGAGGACGGGGUGCCGCCGCUGCUCAGGCUCGUCAAGGAGGGCCGCCCCGAGGGGCAGGAGAGCGCGGCCCUCGCCAUCGGCCUCCUCGGCCGCGACCCCGAGUGCGUCGAGCAGAUCGUGCUGGCGGGGGCGUGUGCGGCGUUUGCGAAGGUGCUCAAGGACGGGCCCAUGAAGGUCCAGGCCAUGGUGGCCUGGGCUGUCUCUGAGCUCGCUGCUAACCACCCCAAGUGCCAGGACGCCUUCGCGCAGCACAACGUCAUUCGCUUGCUCGUCGGGCACCUCGCGUUCGAGACCGUCCAGGAGCACUCCAAGUACGCCGUCACAUCCAAGUUGUCCAUACAUUCCGUCGUCAUGGACAAGAAGAACAUCAACGGCGGUGCUGUGCCGGACUUGCUCUCUGCCGGCGCUGGCUCCCAGAGCAAGACCGAGAUGCACAGCCUCGUGAUGCAGUCCACCAUGGCCACGACAUCGAACAACCUCACCAAGAGCAUCGGCAGCAACGGCGGAUCCACCGGAUCCAAGCAGCACAACUCCACCUCGCUCUCCGGAUCCGCCGCCAGGGGCAGGGACCUGGAGGACCCGGAGACGAAAGCCUACAUGAAGGCCAACGCCGCGAAAGCCCUCUGGCAGCUCGCCAAGGGCAACGCGGCCAUCUGCAAGAGCAUCACCGAGUCGCGGGCGCUGCUCUGCUUCGCCGUCCUCCUCGAGAAGGGCGAGGGCGAGGUGCAGUACAACUCCGCCAUGGCGCUCAUGGAGAUCUGCGCCGUCGCCGAGCAGAACUCCGACCUGCGCCGCUCCGCCUUCAAGCCCACCUCGCCCGCCGCGCGCGCCGUCGUCGACCAGCUCCUUCGCGUCGUCGACAAGGCCGACUACGACGACCUGCUCGUCCCCUGCAUCGUCUCGCUCGGCUGCCUCUCCAGGACCUUCCGCGCCACCGAGACCCGGAUCAUCGCGCCGCUCGUCAAACUCCUCGACGAGCGGGAGGCCGACGUCUCCCGGGAGGCCGCCAUGGCGCUCACCAAGUUCGCCUGCACCGACAACUACCUGCGCGUCGACCAUUCCAAGGCCAUCAUCGAGGCCGGCGGCGCAAAGCAUCUUGUUCAGCUCGUCUACUUCGGGGAGCAGGCGGUGCAGCUCGCCGCGCUCACCCUUGUGUGCUACAUUGCGCAAAGCGUCCCUGACAGCGAGGAGCUGGCGCAGGCGGAGAUCCUCACCGUGCUCGAAUGGGCAUCCAAGCAGGCCUACAUGAUGCAGGACCCGACCAUCGAGACCUUGUUGCCGGAGGCCAAGAUCAGGCUCGAGCUCUACCAGUCCAGAGGCGCGAAAGCCUACUACUAGCGGAGCCCGCUGUCUUCUUCUUUACAAUGUCCGAGCACUGUAUAUACACCGAUCGAGCGGCUUCUAUGUAUACUCUGGCUCAACCCUUUUUGAUCCCGAACAUGGCGAAGGCCGAUGUUGCAUCUUUGGUUGGUUGGGUUCUCGAUACAUGGAUGGAGGUAAUUUUGUUUCAGAUGUCCUGGAUGGGAGAGGGGGUUUGUAGGCGUGCGCGCGCGUACAUAACUUGGGUUGCUUUGUGGUGGCAUAGUUUUGGGAGAUUAAUUAGCAUCGUGUACUCUCUUUGGUCUAAUGAUGUAUCAUGUAUAUUACAUUUUCACCUUUCUAUCAGAGAAAAUUUCAUGAA